GGGACCCGCGAGUCGCAUCGAGCGCCCCUCUCGCACACAUCGGAAAACUUUGUCAGCCUUCAGGAAGCGGGCAUUUCAAAUUUCGCUACUUCAGAACUCUUUAGUUGUGGUUACAUGUCGUCUUAUGUGUAAAACAUCGUGUAUUAUUGCCGAAAUGAGGUGGGCAGCGGUUAUAGUAUUGUUCAGCUUAGUUUUUUCAGUAAUAACAGCGGAAGAUAGUGAUGACGCCCCCAGUCUUCGAGUUUUAGCAAGAUCGUCUGUGUACAAUGCCGGAGAGAAGAAAGCUAUUUACUGCAAGGGAAAAAAUCUUCAACAGAACUUAGAAUGGUAUUCGCCCUCCGGCGAAGCCGUCGAGGGUCGAUCUACCACAAACACCAGGGUGUACGUAGAGAGGCAGAAGAAUGACAGCCUGCUGCCUCUCAUAAUUCACAGCCUAAAGAUCGAAGACAGCGGCAACUGGACUUGUAAAGCUGGCGAGCUCAAUGAAACUAUUGAGAUUCUAGUAGGAGAAAGAGUCAAUAUUACAAAUCGCUUUGAGAGCUUCGAAGGUGAAGAAGGCAAAUCAGUCAAACUAAAUUGUGAAGCAAAAGGAAAACCACAACCUGUUGUGCAAUGGUACAAGGAUAUUCAAGUAUUAUCUGAUAAAUCCAAGAAAUACGUUGUAAGGAAGAUUAGGGAUAAUUAUCAACUAGAGAUCAAAGAACUAAAUCAUAGAGACACUGGUGAAUAUGUGUGCAAAGUUACACAAAACUCUCUGCGAUAUUACACGGACAAACGAGUACAGCUUACUGUUCAGCAUAAACCGAUCAUGUUUAACAGUGACACAGAAGAAAUUUAUCCAACAUCAACAUAUAGAACAGAGGAAGUGUAUGCAAUUUUAAAUGAAACAAAGAAUAUUUCGUGCAGUGCUAUUGCUCACCCAGUUCCAACGUUCCGUUGGUUCAGACGAUAUGAAAAUGGUUUUGAAGAGCCAAUUGAAGACGAAGAUAUGGUGGUGACGUCACCCCGCGGCAACGUCUCUGUUCUAGUGCUCAGGAUGUACAAUGAAACUAUUUACGGAGAGUACAAAUGCACUGCGAAGAAUCUAAAAGGGGAAGCUUCGAUUGUAUUCCACGUUACUGAAGGCAAUAAACCAAAUCCUCCCGAUGAAGCGGGCGUGUACGCGUCCAAUGUGAGCACAAUAACCUUCAACGUGACCUGCUUCACUUGCAAUAUGGAUUUUGAAUCUGAAAAAGCUCCCGAUCCAGAAAACCUUGUUGUUAUUGGUUACUCAUUUGAGCUAGUACCGGCGCGAGAGGGUUUCCUUCCCGAAUGGGACACUGCUUCGCUGUUCGAUAUUGACAUUGAAAAUGGCAAUGAAACGCUGUUCACGGUUGGCCCCCUGCCAAACAGCACGACCUUCCACGCUCGAGUGCGGACGCGCAAUGCAGCCGGCCACUCGGAAUGGGUGGACAUCAUCUCCGCUGAUAUUAGAACCACGGACAAAGCUAUCAAAUUCAUUGCGUCACUAACGUUGCUCAUCGCAGCUCUUCUAGCUAUAGUCAAUAUUUAAAAUGUUGACCGUCAAUGUUUGCAUAAUAAUUUCUUAAAUUCUUCAGGUUAUUUUUGACAUAUUCUAUGUUGUAAUUUCGUAGUUAUUAGUUGAUAAAUGUUGCAACUAUUUGUUAACAACGCUUCGAAAGUGAUGAAUGUGUAGAUAUAAUAAAUAUAAAUGUUUAAUAAAAAACGAUGUUUUAUCUAGUCGCUACUAUUUCAACAGAGUUGUAACUAUAUCUAUGUCCGUAAACCAAUUCAAUUUCAUUUUAAUUAAGAAAUAAUUAAGUUACUUUUAAGUUGUACGAAUGCAUUCCACGCCUUGUGUAAAUAAAACGCAGUUUAUGUUAAGGUGUCUAUUAUUGCAAAUUAAAUACGUGUUCAUAUAUAUAUAAAGGCCUAAAUUUUAAAAUUAGGUUAUAUGUAAAAUGUUUCCUUAAUGUAAGAAAGAAAUAGUAAUUAAAAGACUAAUUCCUAUCUUACUUAAAGUGAACAUUAUUUAAAUGUUUAAGUUUCAUAUAUUACGUUUGUGUAGGUGCACAGUUUGCGUCCAUGUUUUGCUUUCGUAGAUUUAAGGGGCGCAUUUAAAAAAACUACUGACCAAGUGCGAAUUAUACUCAAAUUAUAAUUUCAAUAAUAUAUAUUUUAAUUAAAUUCCUUGGUCACAAAUUAUUACAAAUACAUAUAGUACAUUUCUGUCAAAAUCGCGAGGUUGUAUGUUACAAGUUUUUUGCAAUAACUCCACCGAACAUCAUAUUUACAGAAUUCAUUUUCGUAUUCAAUUAUUUAAUUUCACAUUUCAUUAUUU